AUGGAUCCGUCAUUGGUGUUGGAUAAGCUCCCUAAGUUACUGGAUCUCAACACAGAAAACAUUACAGAAAAUGUCCAUCAAAUCAACUCCAACAACCCUGAUAGGCGACUUAAAUUUGUUGUGGAGCGACUUGUUCAUCAUUUGCACGAGUUUGCACGAGAGGCGAGGUUGAGCACGGACGAGUGGAUGGCUGGAAUAGAAUUUCUUACGGAGAUUGGAAAGAUCUGUGACAAUGAGCGUCAAGAAAUGGUUCUCUUGUCUGACACCCUUGGUCUUUCCCUCCUUGUGGACUCUAUUGACCAUCCGAAGCCAGCCGGUAGCACGGAGGGCACUGUACUUGGCCCCUUUCACACACACAACCUGCCAGAGAAGGGUAAUGGCGACGAGAUCAUGCUGAAUGACCCUAAUGGGAUGCCUAUGCUAGUGGUUUGUACUGUCAAGGACGUUAAUAGACGCCCAAUCGAGGGGGUUAAGAUUGAGAUCUGGGAGACGGAUUCCACGGGCAACUAUGACGUUCAGCGGUCCGACCACACCAUUCCCGAUGGCAGAUGCUCCAUGAAAAGCGAUCAUGACGGUGUGUUUUGGUUCAAGGGCGUCCUGCCCGUAUCUUACCCCAUUCCACAUGACGGACCGGUGGGGAAAAUGCUCAAGGUAUUAGGUCGCCACCCAAUGAGACCAGCACAUAUACACUUCAUUUUGGAUCAUCCAAGAUACGAUCGCUUGGUUACUGCUCUCUAUCUCAGAGGCGACCCCUACGAAACAUCCGAUGCAGUCUUCGGGGUGAAAUCUAGUUUGUUGAUUGAUGUAGAUCAUACAGACCAGGUGCUCUCUGAGAGAUAUGGCGUAGCUAUUGGCACGAAGGUCAUCAAAUAUGACUUCACUCUCGUCUCUGAGCAGGAGUCUCUCGAGCUGCGAGCUAAAAAUAGUCGACAGGAGCUGGAAAAAUUGGGUCACAGGGUGGAAAUUGUAAAUGGCUUGCCUUGCCGGAUGUAG